CGCUGUUGACAAUGGAGGCCCCCUUGAAAGAGUUAACGAAACUGGAGCGCCUUGCCACAGCCAAAGGCAAGGCUGCCUCGAUACAAGGCUCGCUAGACUCUCUCCUUCAGGCACUCCAACAGGCCAAGGUUGCAGCCGCAUCCGGAGAUGUGAAUAGCGACCAUAUCCAGAAUCUCUCCAAGACGGUCGAGGGAAAGAAGAAAGAGGUAGAAGAGCGACAGAAAGAGAUUUACUCCAGCAUGUCAAGGUUUGGGAAAGCUUGGGACAAGAAAUUCACCACCUCCUUGCCCACUUAUUCUGAUCUUUUCUCAUCCCCCGCCUCUGUGGCUGCGCUUCAAAGGACAAUUGCUCUACACCUGCUUAGAACAGGUCAAUUUGACGUCGCAGAGACGUUUCUCGACGAAGCAGGCGUUGAAAUUUCUCCAGAGAUGAGGUCGCAAUUCGUAGAACUUCAUGAUAUCCUCAAGGGUUUGAGGAACCAGGAUAUCACUCUAGCACUCGAUUGGGCUCGUCGUCACCAGGGAUUCUUACGAGAACGAGGCUCUCCGUUAGAAUUCUACCUCCAUCGUUCACAGUAUAUCAGAUUGCUAUUGUCUGCGCAUCCUCCAAACCCGAUUCCAGCAAUACGAUACGCCAACGAGAACCUCCGACCAUUCUACACGGAGCACGAGUCAGAAUUCAAGCGUCUUAUGGCAUGCAUAGCAUACCUUCCCCUUCAUAAACUCCAACACUCGCAAUACUCAGACCUUGCUAGUCCCUCACUUCAUUUCGAUCUUGAAACUUUGUUCGCGAAGGAGUAUUGCGCGCGGUUAGGAAUGAGUCGGCAGGUCCCACUUCGGGUGGUGGGUGACAUCGGUGGUGGAGGUGCACUUUCGAGGAUAGAAAAGGGCAAGAAGGUCAUGAGGGACAGGAAGAGCGAGUGGAGUCACAACGAGGAGUUACCCUACAAUCAGAUCGAAAUUCCAUUACCACCAGAGAACAGGUAUCAUUCAAUAUUCGCUUGUCUCGUCUCGAAAGAACAAUCUACAGAGCACAACCCACCAAUGAUGCUAACCUGCGGUCAUGUCAUCUCCAAGGACAGUUUGCUCAAACUAAAUAAAUCCGCAGGACGGGCAAAAUGUCCAUACUGUCCCGUGGAAACCCCUCACAACACUGCAUUGAGAUUGUAUUUUUGAUUAGGGAUGGAAAGUAUUGUAUGUAUUAUUACGCGCACUGUAUAGUAGACCAGUUCAAUCAGCAGCCGUCAAGGCCCCUAUUUAUGGCUUGGAUGAUCC